GUUGGUUGGUUGCCUCCUCCAUUCGUCCGUCUCAGCAUCAAUCAAAGAUGGCGAGCUCGAAGCGCAUCACAAAGGAGCUCGCCGACCUCUCCAAGGAGCCUCUACCGGGCAUAGCCGUCUCAGCCUCUGAAGCUAACGUCUACCAAUGGCAAGCAGUCAUUGCUGGCCCUGCCGACUCGCCCUAUGCCAAAGGCAGCUUCAAUUUGUCCCUCGAGUUCCCAGCAGAGUACCCCUUCAAGGGACCCAAGGUGCGCUUCGCGACCAAAAUCUACCACCCAAAUGUGGACGAGGAGGGGGCCGUGUGCUUGGGCAUCCUCAAGAGCGAGGCGUGGAAGCCGAGCACUAAGGCUGCGACUGUGCUCCAGUCCAUUCAGAACCUCCUCUCCGAACCUGACCCGGACGAUGCGCUCGUGGCAUCGAUCGCUGAGCUAUACAAGAAAGAUCGCCCUCAAUUCGAUCACAUUGCAAAGGAGACGACGAAGAAGUACGCUAUGGCGUAGAGGAGAGCGGGGAGCGCAAAGACGCAGGACAGAUGGGUAGGGUGGGGCUUGCGACGCGGGAACGUUGGGACACGGGCAUUAUGGCUGGGCAGCUUGACGAGUGUCAGGACGGCGCAUGUACGGAGGUCACGUCAAAUAUAUGAGUAAUAAUCAACACAUGUCAGUGGUGGCUUUCUCUGCUAGC